AUGGCAGACAUGAAGGUCAGCCAGGAAAAGUUAGACAAGAUACGUGCGUUUGUGGCUAGAGGUCGAGACGCGGAGGAAGAGUACAAUCGGAACCCUCUCACUUCGGAUGCUGUCCAGCAAUAUAAUAAAAGGCUUGAUGACACAAUCCAAUCGCUGCAAGAACAUGUGAAACGCCAGGAAGAUGCGUUGCGCCAGUUACGAGCAUCCAAACAGGGCUUGGGGCUCACUGAGUCAGAUAUGGAGCCAAAAACUCGAUUAGCGCAAGCAAGACGAGUAAAGAAGGCUUACGACUCCCUGCUUCAGUCUGAGCCGGAUCUUCCUGCACCAGACUCUCCAUUGCCUUCUCUAAUCGCUCUAAGAGAAACUUCGCGCGUGGUUGUUGAGAGUAAGGCCUCCGUGCUGAGCGUACGGGAAACCCUCCCCUCAAACCGAGAACUUCUCAAGGAUGAAGAAGAAGACCUUCGAGAUGCAAAGCUCAUAGCUAGCGGUCUGCGAGAUCGAAUCAAGCGGCUUCAGAGCGAAAAUGCAGAGAAAUCAUCAAAGGGCCCCUCUCAACUAGCUGAAGAGCUCAUCAAGGACGAGCAAAAGAAAAGCGACGAACUACAGCGUGCCGCUACAAGACUGAAAAAAUAUCUUGAUCGAUUUAUAGACGACAAUCUCGCUGCAAUGCUGGCAGCCGAGGAUUCAGGCGGGCCCGUUGUGGGUGAUAUUUUGGAAGUCGCCGAUUCUACUCUCGAGGCCGGCUAUACACACCAUGGGAAACCGAAGAAACCGAAAACAACGUCUCAGGAAGAGGAAGAAGACCCCACGCAACAACGCAUUGAUCAAAUAUUCCGACGUCGUCGACAGAAACAAGGGGAUUCAGGUGAAAGUGACGCAAUCCCGACAAAUAAAAGAGAGGCUGCGGCGGCUGCAAUGCGUGCUCUGCUAAACUCUCUGAUUGAAGCUGGGGCAUCUUACGUUGAGCUACCAAAGGAAUCUGCGGCAUCGAGGUUUCUUGUCAGAGCCAAAGUUGCGCAGCUACAUCCGCGAGAUGCUCGAAGAAUCCGUUUGAUAGAUUUCGGACGGAGUUUAGAAGAUUAG